UAUGUUUGACUUGAGUUUUAUUUGCGUUCUUGGCUCUGUUUCGUCACAAUAUGGCGACGCGCUCAGGCUCGAGACUCGAAAACACUGAAAACACACAGGGCAUUGAAGUCAUGGAGGAAAUCAUCGGGGUCUGUGGUCUAGAAGCCAGAGGACUUGUUGAAGGGAGCAGUUCACCUCCGGAUGUUGAGACUGUGAGCUGUGAGGAGGAGAGAGGGGAGACGCCAGGAAGGGAGGACAGGACCCCUGACCCCCUCGAUGGGGAGUCGGACCCUAAUGCUGAAAAACCAAAGGACAAAAAAGCAUUUGGCAAAGAGGUUUUGUUGCUGAUGCAGGCGCUUCAUACUUUAGCCACCCCAGAAGAAAAACUGGCUGCACUAUGUAAGAAAUAUGCAGACCUGCUGGAGGAGAGUCGCAGCAUGCAAAAGCAGGUGAAAGUGUUGCAGAAGAAGCAGAACCAGGUGCUUAAAGAGAAGAUCCACCUGCAGAGCGAGCACAGCAAGGCCGUCCUGGCACGCAGCAAACUGGAGAGUCUAUGCAGGGAACUUCAGCGCCAUAACAAGACCUUAAAGGAGGAGAAUUCUCAGAGGUCCAGGGAGUAUGAAGAGCAGCGCAAGGAGGCGACGCUGCACUUCCAGAUGACACUCAACGAGAUUGAGGCUCAGAUGGAGCAGCACAACGUGCACAACAGCAAGCUGCGGCAGGAGAACGUAGAGCUGGCUGAGAAACUCAAGAAGCUCAUCGAGCAGUACGAGCUCCGGGAGGAGCACAUUGACAAGGUGUUCAAACACAAGGAACUGCAACAGCAGCUGGUGGACGCUAAACUCCAGAGGACGGCUGAGCUGAUGCGAGAGGUGGACGAGAAACAGCACAGAGAAAGAGAGUUUCUCCUGAAGGACGCGACCGAGUCCAGACAUAAAUGUGAGCUGAUGAAGGAGCAGGAGCAUCAGUUAAAGCAGCAGCUGACUCUGUACAUGGACAAGUUCGAGGAGUUUCAGACCACCCUCGCCAAGAGCAACGAGGUCUUCACCACUUUCAGACAGGAGAUGGAGAAAAUGACGAAGAAGAUCAAGAAGCUUGAGAAGGAGACCACGCUAUGGAGGACCAAAUGGGAGACCAACAACCAGACUCUGCUGCAGAUGGCAGAAGAGAAAACAGUGCGAGACAAGAAUUACACAGGCCUCCAAGGGAAACUGGAGCGUCUGGAGAAGCUUUGCAGGGCCCUCCAGAGAGAACGCAAUGACCUGAACCUAAAACUCCAGGCCCUUCAGGUCCCAGUGAAAGAUCCGGAGGAAGAAGGUACAGGGCCUCCUGACCCUCAGCCGCAGGGGCUAAACCCAGAGAUGGAGAGAGAUUCAGAGGGUUUGGUUCCUCAAACAGAGAAUCUCGGGCUUCAGGCGGAGGAAGAGGGCACCAUAUCAUCCACACAACUCACUGACGACUGAUCCUGGCCUUCUGCUGGCUUUCCUUUUCUUUCUUUUUGUGGAGGUAUAUAUUUUUGUCUAGAAAUUAUCAUUAAAAAAACUUGAGGAAAAGGCAAGGACAUUAGUGAAGAUGCUAACUGCUCUAUACGCUUUGUGGAAAGCACUUUUUACUCCCUGUUUUCUAUCACAUUCUAUUUUCUUAGGAAAUGUUCAUGUGGUCCAAGACGGCCACCAUGCAGAUUUGUUUCGUACCUUGUUCUUUUCCUUCCCCCUAUUCUCUGCUCAACUGUGCUGUGCUUGUACGCUUUUCGUGCGUCUUGAUUAAAAUGUAGCUCUUCGCUCUGACCUUUAGAAUCUGAAUAAAAUAUUUUGGAUGCAUAUAAUGUUAAAUAUUGCCAUUUUAUAGUCAGAAAUCCAUGCCAGCUCUGGAUGACCAGAUAACCUUGAGACUUGAGAAACAGGGCAUUAAUAACGGGAUAUACAUAAACCCACUCGACUACUCAUUGGCACUUUGGUCCAUGACAAGUCACACUUCUGUUGCUUCGAAUGAAAUGGACUUUGAAGGAAGAUAUAUGUCUUCUAAAUAGGAGAGGGGUCAAGACACCUCACCGGCCUGCGAAUGGUUUUCUAAUAGAAAUCUGAUUAAGGGCUAGACGGCAGACGAAUAGAGCGUCUUAACCAGCAGAAAAAAAAACAUAAUGCCUCUGAUAAAAUUCCACAUGCAUUUAUAUUUCAUUAAAAUUCACUUCUCAAGCCCUUUUAUUUAAGAGACAGGGUAGUUGUUUUUGUUGAAUCGGGGUUUCCAGGCCCCUCAACUGUUGGAUUACAUAACUGAACCUGAUAAAACUGUAAAAUCAGUCCCAAGUCAGUGCUUAUUUUACCCAAAUCAUUGCAAAAAUUAGAUGAGAUGACCUUCGUUUGAUUUGCUUUAUUGCCUUGAUGCUUGAGCUAUUGUUUCAAAAAAAAUGUUUUUAUGGUAUUUCAUCCCAAAAUAUCAUAAUUUACUCAUUCUCAUGUCGGUCCUGAACCUGUAUGUCUUUCUUCUUCUGUGGAGCACAAAAGCAGAUAUCUCCUAGUUUUUGUCUGUGUGAAAGCUAGUGGGGUUCAAAACAUUUGGCCCCUUUGACUUUCAUAGUAUGGAAAAAUAUUUUUUAAAUCCCUAUUAUGUCAUACAGGUUUGGAGCAACCUGAACCUGAGUAAAUGACAGAAUUAUCAUUUUUGAGGUGAACUAUUACUUUAAAUGUAAAAAAUAUAUAUUAUUUUAAUUUUUUUCUAGAGGUUGCUUUAUUUUUGCUCUUUAACUGGACAAAAAACUGACAAAAACUUUUCAAAGGGGCCUUGACAUAUUCGAUACUGGAUAUGCUGAAUGUGAUUUCUCAUUCUUUUUUUCUUUUUUUGGGACUUUGUAAUGAACAAGAAUAAAAUGUCUAUAAUUCAGUGCUAAAUUGUUCUGAAGAGCUGCAAACAUUCUUAAUACUGCUAAUGUGAAACUGUCAAGAACUGAACUGAUGAAUGUAGAAGCUGCCAAAUCCAUGUCUAAACAAACGGCCUCAAAGCCCUGAAGAUCUGGUUGUUAUCAGGCUGCGGGGACACAGGGUCUAGAAACGCUCGCCUCCUCAGGUCCAUGAAAACAUCUGGCUCUGUUCAUGUCCUGAUCUGAACCUCUGACUCUGGCCAGUACAUUCCUCAAUGCUGAAUCCAACGAAACGCCUCCAAGGUUUUCAUUUAAUGCGCACUAUGAUUGUCUACUUUGAUUAGCUUUACUAACAUAGAUCAUGUUUUUUAAUAAGUGCAGAAGGUCACGGUUUAGCUGUUCAUUAGAAACAUGGGCUGAAUGUGUUUAAAUGCGCCAAACAGAGUGGAAAUCAGAUCUUCACCAGCUUCAACUCUUUUUCUUUUAAAUUUUGGAUAACAAUGUUGAUGUUUAUGACAUCUUAGCACUUGAUUUCUUCAGAUUUCCUCAAAGUUUCACCUCGUUGUCAUAUUUUGUCUGAAAAAGUGUGUACUCGUUUUAAUAAAUACAUCUGUAAUUGGGGUCAUGUUAAUUCAAAAUUUGUUGGUACUGUCAUUUGUAUCGCUACUGCUUUUUUUUUGGCAAUGCCCUGGUUUGAUUCUCAGGUUAUGCAAGAAAUCUACCUCCUUUAGUAAGUCGUACUGUGAAAGAUGCUCAAGAGAGCUUUUCUUUCUCCCUUGGCUCAGACCAUGACCCCUCUGAGAUUGUACAACGCUCUUGUAGUCUGUCUUGCUUUACAAUAAAAACAUUUUGUAGAAUUUUC